AUGGGAUAUACUUCAACCUAUAAACACACUAUUGUCGUUGACUUCUUAGAAUAUUUGGGUAUAGUUGCCAAUAUAGAAACUUUGCAGAGGGCCCGUGAAGAUGAUGGACAGAAAGAAUAUAAUGACAAAAAAGGAAAGAAACCUGACUACGAUAUAGAAUGCGGUCCUGAUCUAUCGUGUUCCGAGUCGUCUACCGGUCCAGACUCUAGUAGUUCACAAAUAGAGAAAUGUGACCCUUUUCUUGUUGGUUGGAAUGGACCAGCUGACCCUGAAAACCCCCAAAAUUGGCCGCUGGUAAAGAAAUCAUGGGUGGUGGCCCAGAUAAUGCUACUUACUUGCGUCACAUACAUGGGUUCCUCCAUCUAUACGCCUGGCCAAGAGUAUAUUCAAGAAGAGUUUCGCGUAGGUCACGUGGUGGCGACUUUAAAUCUUUCCGUGUACGUCCUUGGUUAUGGGUUGGGCCCCAUAAUAUUCUCUCCACUAUCAGAGAUUGCACGUUACGGUCGUCUCAAUCUUUAUAUGGUGACUUUGUUUUUUUUUAUGAUUUUCCAGAUUGGUUGUGCCACUGUGCAUAACAUUGGAGGUUUAAUUGUCAUGCGUUUUAUUAGUGGUGUAUUAUGCAGCCCAUCGUUAGCUACUGGUGGUGGUACAGUAGCGGAUAUAAUUUCACCAGAAAUGGUUCCUCUGGUUCUGGGUAUGUGGUCAGCCGGUGCUGUUGCUGCACCAAUCUUGGCCCCCCUGCUAGGUGCUGCUAUGGUCGAAGCCAAAAAUUGGCGGUUUAUUUUUUGGCUAUUGAUGUGGUUAAGUGCUGCUACUUUUGUCUUGUUAGCAUUUUUUUUCCCUGAAACACAACAUCACAACAUUCUGUACCGUCGUGCUAUGAAGUUGAGAAAGGAAACUGGUGAUGACAGAUACUACACUGAACAGGACAAACUAGAUAGAGAAGUUGAAACCAAAACGUUUUUGAUCAAUACGUUAUAUAGACCUUUCAAGAUGAUUAUCAAGGAACCGGCUAUAUUAGCUUUUGAUCUCUAUAUCGCUGUUGCUUACGGUUGUUUCUACUUAUUUUUUGAAGCUUUCCCCAUUGUAUUUGUAGGUAUCUAUCAUUUCAGUUUGAUUGAAGUAGGAUUGGCCUAUAUGGGGUUUUGCGUUGGAUGUGUGUUUGCUUAUGGCCUAUUCGGUAUCCUAAAUAUGAGAAUUAUUGUGCCACGUUUUAGGAAUGGAACUUUCACUCCAGAGGCCUUUUUGAUCGUGGCAAUGAGUGUUUGCUGGUGUUUGCCUUUCUCUUUAUUCUUAUUCGGUUGGACUGCUAAAGUGCAUUGGAUCCUACCUGUCAUCUCAGAGGUUUUCUUUGUUUUAGCUGUCUUCAAUAUUUUCCAGGCUACUUUUGCAUAUUUGGCCACAUGUUAUCCAAAGUAUGUGGCAUCUGUGUUUGCUGGCAAUGGUUUUUGUCGUGCCUCAUUCGCUUCUGCUUUCCCAUUGUUCGGUAAAGCAAUGUAUGACAAUCUAGCUAUCAAGAACUAUCCAGUCGCAUGGGGCUCGUCCUUGGUGGGAUUUUUCACUCUGGGCCUAGCGACCAUCCCAUUCAUACUUUAUAAGUAUGGACCGUCACUACGCGCCAAGUCUUCUUAUGCAGAUUAG